CCGACACGCGCUAAGUCGCCAACUUUUCAUUGGCCAGGACGCGGCUGUGACGCAACAGGAACAUUUUGUGUUUCUCGCGGGCUAGUUGAGGGAACACGCGGGGGUCGGACCGAGGCGGCGAGCUGGUUUCGACAGGUCUCCGAGUCCCGUCUUCGCGGAAGAUAGAAAAUGUCUGAAGAGAGUCCAGAUGACGGGCACCAGCAGCAGUCCCCAUGUCAGUCUACCUCCCAGUCCCAGUCCGCCUCCCAGACCCUGACCCAGUCCCCCCAGUCCCAGACCCAGGCUGGGUCCGGGUCAUCCAGUGGACCGACCUCGGCCAGCCAGACAUCCAGUGGUUCUGGGACUCUGAGCAGUGCCGACACCAUCCCUGUCAGCCUGGCCUCAGUCCCCGAGGAGCCGGAGCCAGAGCCUCAGCCCUGGGGCCGCAUGCUGCCCAUGGUGAAAGGCUUCAAAGCACUGAAUUGUGUACAGGAGGAGUAUCUGUUUGGACGGGAGUCUAAGUGUCAUUAUGUGAUUAAUGAUCCUGUCCUGAUAGCAUCACAGAGAUUCCGCACCUACAGCAAAAAACACUUCCGGAUCUUCAGGGAGGGCACCAUUGUUUUCAUAGAAGACCUCAGUAAUAACGGGACGUUUGUGGAUGGCGUGUUGAUUGGUCAAGGCAAGAAGCAGCCGCUGCCAAACAAUGCUGUCAUAGCAUUAGCUGAAGAACGGGACAGAGUCUUUAUGUUCAUAGACCUGAUGACUGAUGAGCAGACCAGCCUCCCCAAAGACUUUCAGGAUAAAUAUCUGGUGACCAAGAAGAUCGGCGAGGGUGUGUGUGGGGAGGUGAAGCUGGCUUUUGAGAGGUCAUCCUGUAAGAAGUUUGCUGUGAAAAUCAUCCAUAAGAAAAACUUUCCGUCUGUAGGGACAGCCAAGAGGAACACGGAGAGAGAGAUAGAAAUUCUGCAGCGGAUCGACCACCCAUGUCUAAUAAAGACGCAAGACUUUUACCAAACAGAUGAUUCCUAUUUCAUUGUCCUGGAGCUUAUGGAGGGGGGGGAGUUGUUUAACAGGAUGAAGUGUAAACAGCUCCACGAGAAUCUGGUCAAGCUCUAUUUCUACCAGAUGCUGAGAGCGGUGGAGUACCUCCAUAGGAAUGGGAUAAUCCACAGGGAUUUGAAGCCAGAGAACAUCCUGUUGUCCUCUCAGGAUGACAUCUGUCUCAUCAAGGUGACAGACUUCAACCAGUCUAAGAUCCUGGAGGAGGCCAGUCUGAUGCGGACUCUGUGUGGGACUCCUUACUAUUUGGCCCCUGAGGUUUUUACCAAUGCUGCUACGACAGGAUAUGGAGCCACAGUGGAUGUCUGGAGCCUUGGAGUCUUACUGUUUGUCUGUUUAGGUGGUUAUCCUCCAUUCUACGAGGGUUCUGGUCGUCUGUCGAUCAGCGAGCAGAUUACCCGGGGAGAGUUCAUCAUGGUCCCCUCCAAAUGGAAAAAUAUCUCGCACCAGGCUAAAGACAUGGUGAAGAAACUGCUGGUGGUGGAUCCUGCCCAGAGACUGACCAUAGAGACGGCCUUACAGCAUCCCUGGUUAGAGGACCCUGUAAUGUUAGACCAGGCUCAUAGACUCAUGGACCCAUCUCCACCUGCUAGUGAUGCAAUGGUAACUGCACGCACACACGCACACACACACACACACACACGCCAAAACCCACACCACACUCACACACACACAUGCACACACAUUCCACACACACACACACACAGAGUUGAAGAGUGGUCCUCCUCGCCCCAGCAGGAGGGGGUGUGUUCCUUCCCCAGGAGGAAGAGGAGCAGAGAGGGGGAGGAAGAGGAGGAGGAGAAUCCAGCCAAGAGGAGCCAAACUCUGCCCACUGCUCAGGAGUAGAACAGGGGAGCCAAUCACACGCCACUUUAGGUCUGUUGUGUGUCUGUAGCAUUACCAUGACAACAACAGUCCCAGCCAUCCUCUGCUGUCAUGACCAUAAACAGUCAGCUGGUUGGCUGUCAUGACGACCAUAAACAGUCAGCUGGUUGACUGUCAUGACGACCAUAAACAGUCAGCUGGUUGGCUGUCAUGAUGACCAUAAACAGUCAGCUGGUUGGCUGUCAUGACGACCAUAAACAGUCAGCUGGUUGGCUGUCAUGACGACCAUAAAACAGUCAGCUGGUUGGCUAUCAUGGCUUCUCUCCUCCCUCAUGAUUCUGCUGUUCCAACACUCCUGUGCCUGUACAUACACCUACUGCUGUUCCUGAAUACAUGUUCUGUUCCUGAAUACAUGUUCUGUUCCUGAACAAAUACUCUGUUCCUGAAUACAUGUUCUGUUCCUGAAUACAUGUUCUGUUCCUGAACAAAUACUCUGUUCCUGAAUACAUGUUCUGUUCCUGAAUACAUAUUCUGUCCCUGAAUACAUGUUCUGUUCCUGAACAAAUACUCUGUUCCUGAACAAAUGUUCUGUUUGAAUAAAUGUUG